UUAGCCAUUUUGAUAAUGAAGAAAACAUGAGGAAUGAGAAGAAUAAAGAUGAGAUUGAGCAAAGAAAAUCUUUGUUGGAUGCUUUAAUGAAGCUUUUGCCUGCUGUCCAAUCCCAACCAGAUUCAAACAAUCUUAACUCUGCUGAUGAGACUGAAUUCAAAUCAUUAAAUAAUUCUCCACAAGCACCACAACAACAUAAUUCGCAAAAUUCUUUUAAACAACAGCCGCCUCAACAAAAAAUGGCAGUAGCAGCAGCAACAGCAGCGGCAGCUUCCAUGGAAUUUUUACAGCGAGUUAGGCUUUUCCAGCAACACUUGUCAAACAAUGGCAGCCAAAUCAUACAUAAUUCUAAUACAAGACAAAUUCCUUCAAAUAACUAUAUUAAUAUUCUUAAUUCUGGGUAA